ACAGCCGAAGCAGGCGGCUGGCCUAGAGCAAGAAGCCAUGCCAAAGAUCUGCACCCAGCAGUCCUCUCCCUCCCCUAUGUCACCCGACACACGUGAACGUGACCUGGACCAGCUUGAGAGCGGCGAAGAGAGGGAAUAUGAGGAUCUACCAUGGUCUCAACAAGACUCGUUUAGUGGCACAGGAGCCAUGGGCAGAGUGUCGCGUUUCGUGCACAUGGUCCAAGGCUGGAUGUCCUCAGGCCAAGAGGACGGGAGGCGCACCUCCAUCAUGGAGCACUCCCAGGAGGAGGAGUUCCAGGAGACCUGCACCGAGACCAGAGAACAGGCCCUCCACUUACGCAGGAGAAAUCAUGUCAGCCAAUGGCCUCUUGCCACCUAUAAUAUGAACAACUGCAACAACACAGACGAGUAAGUAAAAUCACCAUAAUCGGAAAUAAAUUGUUGUUUGAUGAUUGUCUUGUCAAUCAUCCCAAUGUGCUACUGCAUCUGUCUUCAAGGCUUCAAGUUUACAAUGAAUUCAAAGCGAGAGUAUCACUGCCCCCUACUGGCUGAAAUCUUUAGUGUCGAUUGUCACUUUGAGGAGAGUCGAUGUCUAUGGCUGUUUGGAUGGUCUUUUUUUGCUUAGGAAGGUCCCUAGUGAAAGAUUUGAUGAUAAGAGCUGUUUGGAUUCUCUAAAUGCUUAGGAAAGGUGCUUAGAUACUUCCUUUCAGAUCCCCUUUAGCAAUAAGGUACACUGAACAUCCAAACACAGUCAUGUGGCUUCUGGUGUAAAUUUGAGCCUUUCCUGUAUCUGUACAAACUGUAAUUUGUUUUGUCAGUCCUCAGACUAUAUCAGAAUACAAGAUUAAUAUAUG